AUGCUUAUUUGUUAUCUUUUAUUUCUAUUGAAAUUAACCAAUGGAGAUAAAAAUUGUUUUCAACAAUCAAAUGAUAUAAACUAUCUAUUUUUAAAUGAUAUGUCUCAAAUAAAAAUUCCAUUAAUACCUCGUGAUUGUAUUCAUUGUCAAUCUGCAUAUCAAGUUGAUAUUCAACUCAUAGAUGAACAAUUCGUUUUUGGUAAUCGUACGAUUCAACGGAUAAAGAUUUUUUUAAAGAAUUUCGAAAUUGAAGAUUCAUCUUAUAUUUGUCUUAUAAAUAUUUGUCCUAUUAUUGUUGAAUAUGGAAGUGAUACGAUUUUAUUAAAUGUAACAUCCUCAUUAUUUUCACAUGUUUUUCUUUCAUUGACAUACAUCAAUACUUAUAACCAUUCAAUCAUAUGUUCAAUACAAACACGUUUCGCAAUAUUUUCAUUGAAUAAAUUUUUAACAUGUACAGACAAAAUUUAUCUUCAUCCUCGAUUAAAUAUUGAAAUUUCAGCACAAAUAGUUAUUUAUGAUUGUCGCGCUUAUUUAUUCGAAGAAAAUGUCUAUGAAAAAAGUAUACAAUUUUAUCGAAAAGAAUUUUCAACACAUAAACAAAUACUAAAAAUUAAAUCUUCAAGUAAAACAUGUGAAUAUGUAUUCGAAAAUAUAAUGUAUAUAAAUAAUAUUUCCUUGAUACAAACUCAUGAAGUAUUGACAACAAUUGAUUUAUAUUUAUUUUCUAAUCCAUGGAGAAAAGAUAUUCAAACGUUAGGAACAUGCCAAACUAAAGUUAUUCCGUAUCGUGAAAUGUUUUUUACCAAUGAUAUUAUUCAUGUUCGAAAUAUUGUUAUCGGACAAGGAAAAUCUAUUCAAAUACAAUGUCCUAUCGAUGGUUCUAAAGAAUUUUUAAAAUAUGUAUGGUACUAUCAAAGAUAUCAGCCAAGAUAUCAAAUAUCAAAUAAUCGAACUAUUCUAUUAAGUAAUAUUACUGAACAAAUGCAAGGUAAAUAUAUGUGUAUUGGAGAUGAUGAAAAUGAAAAAUUAGAAUUUGAAAUGAUAUUGCAUGUAUCAAAAAAUAAUUCAUUUUAUUUUAUCACAAUAUUAAUUCUUAUUGGAUGUUUGAUUUUACUAGCUCUUAUAUUAACUCUUAUAAUCUGCUUCAUCUUGAAAAAAUCUUCAUCAUCAUUUCGUAUAAAUGAAAAACGAAAUUCUCUGAUGAUCCAUCAUGAUGUUCGUCUUACAAUUCAACAUUCAAAUCAACAACAAUUAAAAACGUCUUUAUGGAAUCAAGCACCUUAUCAUGCACUCGAUUAUAUUGAUGAACAAUCAUUGUAUCACAUGUCAUCAAAUGACAUUUCAUCAAAACAAUUAAUAAAAAUACCAUCAUGGCUAUGGAAAAAACAACAACUUCUCCAACGAUUUUCUACUCGACAACGAAAUUUAAAUGGGCAAUCACCGCCAACAGAAUUAUCUGCUAAUAUUCCACGAAUGAAAUCGAAUAACGAUAUAAAAUUUCCAUUGUUAGUUAAACUUCAUCAAAUAUCUGAUUCGAUAAAUAAUAGCCUCGACGAACAACAUAAUAAUGUUGAAAUACUUAAAAUAUCUGUACCAUUCUUAGAUCAAUAUCCACUGGUAAAACCAACAACGUCAAUUGUUUCAUUUGAUAGUCAAAAUGAGCUUGAAGAAUUUAAUCAAAUGACUUUAGUGUGUACGAAAUGA